AUGUCUCACGUCCCACCAACCGAGUCCAUUCCCAAACCAGAGGAACCUAAAGAACCACAACAGUCUCCUCAGCAACCUCAGUUCCAGCAAGUACCUCCGAAUUUCUACCAAUUUCCACCUCAAGGUUACUACCCACCACAAGGCUUCCCGAACUACCCUCCUCAGCCUAUGCCUUACUGCCCCAACCCUUGGAUGUUCCAGCAAUUCCAAUCUCAAUCCAAAUCGAAGAGAGACCAAGAGUUCGAAGAAGGUCUGAACCGCUUACGCAAAGAGUACGCUACAGCCCCUAUUGAGAGAAAGUUGUUCCCGGACCCAAAAAUAUAA